AUCUGUCAGGAGAUGAAUUUUCUUGUGCGUCCCCCCCCCUCCACCACCACCACCUCUCCCUAGCUCUCCCCCCACCCUGCGCCGAGAGAGAGAGAGAGAGAGAGAGAGAGAAAGCGAGGGAGCGAGAGAAACCCCAGAGAACAACAUGGGAGAGGAAUAAAAUCCCCAAAGAAGAAGAGCCCUGCGGGACAGAUGUCGCGGCGCCUUCCCUUCGUCGGUUGCUAGACAACAAGCCGGCUCUUUGAUUGGAGCCGAGUCAGAAGCCUCAUGAGGGAUUGGCUGCUGCCGCUGGACGUUUGCUUCCUUUUUCCGGCCUCGAAGGACUUUCGACGGACCGGAAACGGCGUCUGAUCGACCCGAUCUCACACACACACACAUGUGGACGUCUGCAGCUUCCCGUUUGGCCUAAAUCACGCCCGCUCCUGCAAACGCCCGGGCCACCGGUGAGCGAUGACGUCACAGAGCCACCAAGAGGGGAUCCUGGGGAAGGAGCAGCCGCUGGAGGUUCUCAAGACGUCGGCGCUCAACCACAUCCCAACAGUGGACAUCAACUCGGCGCUUCCCCUGCGUCUCCCUCCAGCCGCCAUCCCCAUGGACCUGCGUGUGGACCAGCACCAUCAGCACCACCACCACCACCAUCAGCACCACCAGCAGCAGCAGCAGCAGCAGCAGGUGUCCUCACCCUCCCCGACCGGUCAGCAGUCGCCGGGGCUGGUGGGGGGCGCGUGCCAGGCGGGCGGGGCCGUGCGCGAGCAGCAGCUGCAGCAGGAGCUGCUGACCCUGAAGCAGAAGCAGCAGAUCCAGCGGCAGAUCCUCAUCGCCGAGUUCCAGCGGCAGCACGAGCAGCUGUCCCGGCAGCACGAGGUGCAGCUGCAAGAGCACAUCAAGCAACAACAAGAGCUCCUGGCACUGAAGCACCAGCAGGAGCUGCUGGAGCACCAGAGGAAGAUGGAGAACCACCGUCUGGAGCAGGAGCUGGAGAAACAGCAGAGGGAGCAGAAGCUGCUGCUGUUGAAGAACAAGGAGAGGGGCCAGGAGAGCGCCGUGGCGAGCACCGAGGUGAAGAUGCGGCUCCAGGAGUUUGUCCUGAACAAGAAGAAGGCCCUGGCCCAACGCAGCCUCAACCAGGGCGGCCUCCACAACGACGCCCCCUACUGGUACCGCAAAACCCAGCACAGCUCUCUGGACCAGAGCUCGCCACCGCAGACCGGCGUGUCCACCUACAACCACCCCGUGCUCGGUGUCUACAACCCCCGGGACGACUUCCCGCUGCGGAAGACCGCCUCGGAGCCCAACCUGAAGCUGCGCUCCCGGCUCAAGCAGAAGGUGAGCGAGCGGAGGAGCAGUCCGCUGCUGCGGCGCCGGGACAGCCCCAUCACCUCCGCCAAGAAGCGCUCGCUGGACAUGGCGGACUCUGCGUGCAGCAGCGCCCCCGGCUCGGGCCCGAGUUCCCCGAAUAACAGCUCCAACAACAUCCCCAGUGAGAACGGCAUCAGCGUGUCGGUGUCCAACAACACGGAGGCGUCUCUGGCCCAGAGGCUGUGCGGCGGCGAGCGGGGCUCCGUGAACCAGCUGUCCCUCUACACGUCGCCGUCCUUACCCAACAUCACCCUGGGGCUGCCCGCCACGGCCACGUCCACCGCCGCGUCAAACGUGACCUCGGCGCAGCAGGAUGGAGGUCUGCAGCCGGCCCUCUCCCUCAGCCCUCCCUUCCUCUCCGGCGGCCACUUGACCCCGUACCUGGCCGAGUCCGGAGCGGGAACGGGCGGGCACGGCGCCCACAGUCCGCUGCUCCAGCACAUGGUGCUCAUGGAGCAGAGCCCGGCACAGAGCCCCCUGGUGACAGGUGUGAGCGGCCUGUCCAUGUCGCCGGCGGGGUCCAUGGCCAAGCUGCAGCGGCAGCACCGGCCCCUGGGGCGGACCCAGUCGGCGCCGCUGCCCCAGGGGAGCGCCGCGCAGGCUCACGCCCAGGCCCUGGCCCUGCAGCAGCUGGUGGUGCAGCAGCAGCACCAGCAGUUCCUGGAGAAGCACAAGCAGCAGUUCCAGCAGCAGCAGCUCCACCUCAACAAGAUGAUGACCAAGCCCGGCGAGUCGCCCGUGGGCCGCCAGCACCAGAGCCACCCGGAGGAGACGGAGGAGGAGCUGAGGGAGCACCAGGACGGAGGAGCUCUGCCGUCAGGGGUCACCAUCAAGCAGGAGCCCCCCGACCCGCAGGAGCUGCAGGAGGAGGCGCUGCAGCAGCACAGGGAGAGGCAGGCGGAGCAGGAGCUGCUCUUCAGACAGCAGGCGCUGUUGUUGGAGCAGCAGCGGAUUCAUCAGCUGAGGAACUAUCAGGCCUCCAUGGAGGCAGCCGGCCUGUCCCUCUCCUUCCCGGCACACCGACCCCUGUCCAGGGCCCAAUCGUCUCCGGCCUCAGCCUCCUCCUUCCCCAUCAGCGUCCCGACCCCCGAUCCUUCCGCCAAACCCCGCUUCACCACAGGCCUGGUGUACGACUCGCUCAUGCAGAAGCACCAGUGCAUGUGCGGGAACACCAACAGCCACCCGGAGCACGCGGGACGCAUCCAGAGCAUCUGGUCUCGGCUGCAGGAGACGGGACUCAGAGCGCAGUGUGAGUGUAUCCGUGGGAGGAAGGCUUCUCUGGAGGAGCUGCAGACGGUUCACUCUGAAGCCCACGUCCUGCUGUACGGGACCAACCCUCUUCGACAGAAACUGGAUUGUUCAGUCACCCCCAUGUUCGUACGUCUACCAUGUGGAGGGUUGGGGGUGGACAGCGACACCAUCUGGAACGAGGUCCACUCCUCCAGCGCCGCUCGGCUCGCCGUCGGCUCGGUGGUGGAGCUGGUUUUCAAGGUGGCCACCGGAGAGCUGAAGAACGGCUUCGCCGUGGUCCGCCCUCCGGGACACCACGCCGAGGAGAGCACCCCCAUGGGCUUCUGCUACUUCAACUCAGUCGCCAUCGCGGCCAAGCUGCUGCAGCAGCGACUGAGCGUCAACAGGAUCCUCAUCGUGGACUGGGACGUUCACCACGGCAACGGCACCCAGCAGGCCUUCUACGAUGACCCCAAUGUCCUUUACCUGUCCAUCCAUCGCUACGACGACGGCAACUUCUUCCCCGGGAGCGGAGCGCCUGACGAGGUGGGCAGCGGACCCGGAGUCGGCUUCAACGUCAACGUGGCCUUCACCGGAGGCCUCGAUCCGCCCAUGGGAGACGUGGAGUACCUGGCGGCUUUCAGGUCAGUGGUGAUGCCCAUAGCCAACGAGUUUGCCCCGGACAUCGUGCUGGUCUCCUCCGGCUUCGACGCCGUGGAGGGACACCCUCCCCCGCUGGGCGGCUACACUUUGACGUCCAAAUGUUUCGGCUAUCUGACCAGGCAGCUGAUGACCCUCGCCGGAGGCCGCGUGGUCCUGGCUCUGGAGGGGGGUCACGACCUCACCGCCAUCUGCGACGCCUCGGAGGCCUGCGUGGCCGCCCUGCUGGGCCAGGAGCUGGAGCCGCUGCCGAAGGCCGUCCUGGAGCAGAGGCCCAACCCCAACGCCGUCCGCUCUCUGGAGAAAGUCUUAGAGACUCACACUAAGUACUGGGGCUCGCUGCACCGCUGCUCCCCGCUGCUGGGACUCUCCCUGCUGGAGGCCAAGCGCGGCGACUCGGAGGAGGCGGAGGCCGUCAGCGCCAUGGCCUCUCUGUCCGUGGCCAACAGCAGCGCCAUGGAUCAAAGGCCGGAGGAGGAACCCAUGGAGGAGGAGGAACCGCUGUAACCGAGGGGGGAAACGCGAGGGUGUCACACCGCUACCAUCGACCUCUCCGGAGACGGGUCUCGACUGAUUCCCUUCAUUUAGCCCCCCCCCCCCCCCGAAACCCCCAGUCACAUUGAUUGGCGGCCCCUCGGUCAUAAAAAACACAACAAAACGAGGUGGAGAGAGGGGUUGUGGGACGUGGGGGGGGGGGGGGGAUGGGCUCAGCCUUAAGAGUAGGGAGCCAAUCAGGAGACAGAGGACUGAAUUGGAAAAUACACAUUCAAACAUAACCGUGCCGCCCGGCGGAGACGCUCGUUUUUUUUCUGCCGGCCUCCGCAGCCGCACGGCGAGCUCACGACGGCCAGACCAAGUGGCCCCAGGGAGAGGGGGGGGGAGGGGGGGGAGGCGAACUGCAGAAAACAUCCGGCGCUUUACCCGACAACCACAGGAACGGCCGAGGGGGGGGGUCCUGUUGUCUUCUCGCUUUUCCUCGACUCAUUUUUUCCCUCACGAGACGACAUGUAUUUCACAAGAUGCGUUCACUGUGGACUUUAGGGGGGGGGCGGGGGGGGCAUAAAGAUCGUUUUUGCAUUAAGAUGCGACGCCUGGACCCCGCAGCGGCCUGUCGAGGGAGAGGAGUGCCUUGGUGGGGGUGCGCUGGAUUUUGCCUUAAGUGAACGGAUUUCUCUCGCCGAGGAAGCGAGGGGAGACGGACGGACGGACGGGGGGGGGGCAUAAACAAUCUUUCAGCAUGUUUACUCGGAACGUGACGACGACACGGUUUAUGUCGCUGACAGCCUCUCUCGAAAGAGUCACUUUACUUUUGGAUGGAUCUAUUUUUCUGUAACAAAACAAACGAGGACAAAGGCUUUGUGGGAGGUAGCUGCCGCCUUGGGUAGGAAACGGAGCGAGCUCAUUGGAUCGGACGGUCUAGCCUUUGAUGUAGCUUCCCUUUAACUGAAGCCGUGGCUGGUUCUCAAAUGUUAUCCAAAAUGUAAAAGCCAAGCAAGAAAAGCCAAAGCAUGAGUUUGCAUUUACAGAAAUACUUUCAGUCCACUUGUGGACAUUUCUCCUGUUGGCCCUUUCGGGGGAAAGGCGCCCGGUACCCAGUUGGAUGUUUACUGAUUUGAAGCGUUUCCUCCCAUGCGUUGCCGGUUUGGCAGCUACCUUGGUUGCUAGCGUGAGCUCAGCAUUGGUCAUGUAUAUUGAAUUGAAUAUAUAUUUUGAGUAUUGCCUGUUUGUAUCCACAUGUAUGUUUUCCGCAUCAAGCCGUCAAUUUGCGCUUUUUUUGUUUUUUGUUGUAUAGGAUUAUUUUUCUAGCUUUUUUCAUUCAUAGAUUUUGUUCCCGUGUUUUUUAUCCGUUUUCUGGAUAGCUGUAGUGCCGCCAUUGACAAACUUAGAACUAUUGUCACUACAAAACUUUCUUUCUUUCUUGUAUUUAUCAAAAUAAGGAGCAACUCUUUCUUUCUUUCUUUAUUUCUACGGCUCUCUGAGCCUUUCCUUCAUUUUCAUCAACUGUGUAUUUAUAACAUGUAUUGUUUAUAGAAGAUUUGUAUAUGGAAAAUUUAUAAAUGUACUCUUAACUAAUGACAGCUACGAUAUUGUGAGCGAAAAAACAGUCCGGUGUCUGAUGUUACUUCACGAGCUUUGACCAGUAAAAGCAGCGGCUGCUUCCAAGCGAAGCGGCGUCAUUUAGCGCCACCGCAGUUGGCUUUUGAAAAAGUUGAAAAAAGGUUUGAUCACGUCGUUGCCUAAUCGAUACAUUUUCCUCCCGUGCGGCGGGUGACAGCGCACUCACCUUUCGACUGUGACGGCGCCCGGGGUCCCGCGUAGCUCGCCGAGGAAGAGGAGGGGACUCGGGUUUCCAGCGGUUUUUGGAUGGAAAACAUCAGCCGAUAAUUUGGGAAUCUCUUUCCGAAGCAUGUGUUGCACUAUAAUGAUUGACUGUCCAUAACGGGGAGGGGGGGGGGGGGGGGGGGGGGGGUCUCCUUCUUCUUCUGCUCGGAUUCAACUGAUCUGACAUCAGUUCCAUAUCAAACUACAUCAGUUGAUUAAAGACAACUAUCGUAGAGCAUCGUUUUAGAAACGUGUCAGAUUUGCGAUUGAGUUGAUCGUUUUAUCACGUCUUAACGAAACAUUCCACUUGUUACUCGUUCAAUUUGGCUACUUUUUUUUCUUUUUUCACUCCCCACACAUUUCAUAAUGAUAUUUUAACUUCCCCUUUUGUUUUUGUGCUGUCUGCUCGCGCCAACUUUAACUUUUUGCAUGGUUUGUGAGUCAGCAUGCCUACUUGUCUAUGUAACAAAAAUGUAUUUGCACAACAGAAGAAAAACACUGGAGGAAUUUUAGAAGACGAAAAAAAAAAAAAAAAAGAAGAA